AACUGUCUAUUCUAGAAUUGCAAUUAUUUCAGAAGAAAAAAUUCCACUUAAGAGGAAUUAUGGUCCAAGCGUUGUAUUGGAUGAGUGAUUUCGAUCAGCAGUUUAUGAUUCCGAUAGAUGAAGAAGAUACAGAGGAUGACGACUUCUAUGAAAAUAGAACGAUGUCAAAGUAUAGAUUUCGAGUCCGAUUUAUGAUGAUAAUAACAAUAAUAGUUCAAGUACUCUCUCAAAGCAUUUGGGGACCUAUAAUCGAGGAAUCAACAUAUGCAUUUCCGAAUUGGACAAGCAAAUCACUUAAUUACUUGUUCGUGUGGAACUGUAUAACACCGACUAUCUUGACAAUAGAAGCCUGUAGGUUAAUGAAUAAAUAUGGAUUGGGAUUGAGCUGGUCGGUUUCAUGUGUUUUAUACAUGCUGGGCACGGGAAUACGAUGCAUGCCAGCCGUGGCCUCGAAUACGCUGUGUUUGCACUUGUCGGCGUUUUUAUUUAGCCUAGGAUCUUUAAUAAUGAUGCCUCUCAUCAUAACAAUGUCGUUGUUUUGGUUCCCUGAGAACGAGAGGAGAUUUACUAUCGGAUUAGUUUACGGCUUCAAAAUGGCGAGUUCUGCGCUCGCUUACUUUAUCUACCCCAACGUGGUAUCGAUGCCCACAGACAUACCAGAGAAUGCCCCUCUAAUAAGGCAUCGUAUUAUGAUAAUUUUAUAUGCAUGUUGUAUUGUCAACAUUAUGACGAUUUUAUUGUGCUUAGUGUACCACCUGAUUCCAAAAAAUGAUGGUAAUAGUUCGACUUUAAUCAACGAAUCUAAAUCGUCAACGGAGUUGUACGAAAAUGUGAAUUAUUUUUCUUCGAUUAAAGCGAUCUGCGAAAACCGCAACGCUUUGUACCUAGUGUUGGCAUAUGCUCUAUCAAACACGAUGUCGGGUCAUUGGGUCCAGUCGAUACCGUCGAUGUUUCAUAAAAUAGGACACCAACCCAUAUCCGCCAACCAUUGCUAUAUUUUCAUAACCGUAAUUGCAUUUAUUCUGAACUCGGUGUUCUGUAGUUAUUUUAAGGACCACAAAAAGAAUAUCAUGCUGGGGUGCUUUUCAAUAUCAACGUUAUCAUUUUUUUGGUUAAUGAUGGUGGUUGGGCUUACAACCUGGCUCUCUCUCACUGUUUUGAAAUAUAGCUGUUGUGUGAUAGUGGUAGCGAUUUCAUUUAACUGGAGUUGCCAGAGUAUGUUCUUCAAUAUGAGCUCCGAAUUCGAGUACCCAUUGGCCCAACCUUUAUUCGCUGGAUUCAUGACGGUCAUAAGCAAUUUGUUCCAAAACAUAGUUUAUUUAGUGUUAUAUUUUUUUCCUAGUUUCGACGAAUACGGGCUGCACAUUAGCGCGUGUGGUUGUGCCACUCUAAGUCUAUUCUUCCUUUGUCUUGUGUCGAAUAUUGACACUAAGAAAAACAAUCGGUGUCAGAAUUCUAACAUAGUUAAUAGAUAUACAGUUAGCUAUGACUGAUUAUUUUUAUUAGUGUCAAUAUCCGACAGCAGACAAAGGAAUAUUAGUCUUAAAGUAAACGGAGAAAAAUAUCGCUAAAUAAACAGUCUUCUGACAAAUUAUUUACGACCGCCACGUGUCCCACAAAGAAAGGUUUGGGAUAUGGGUACAUGAAUUUGAUGCUCAUCUUGAAGAACAAAUGCUAACAAACUCAGGUAAAUGAGAACGCUACCACUACCGGGUAUUUCAAAACAGAAGUUAAACAUCAUCAUAAACCAAAAUAAGAAAAACUUUGAUAUGCAAAGGCACUCCAGCAUGAUUCUCUUUUUGUGGACGGGGCGCGAAUCAGGAAACCCAGGACGCCAUAGGUCGAUUUGGGUAUGCUAUGUUCUCUUUGGCCCAUUUCAAAUUUAUGGCGUCCUGGGUUUCCUAAUACGCGCACAGUUCUGGUCCACAAAGUAACUACACACCAAGUUCACGAUAAAUGCUAUUAUGGUCAUGAAAAAGUUGUACUGGGUGGCGGAUUUUUUGGCGGACUAGUUUAUAAAAAAUCGACGGUAACCGAGACGCCCAUGACCCGACUUCGAGUUUGUUAGAGAAAAUGCCAACACGAGGUACAAGAUGUAAUCGAAGAAAAAAAAUCAGCAAUUUUGUUUGACUCCAUGGACGAUUUAGAUUCGUUGCGUGAUGUCGAAUUAUGACAUUGAUUUUUCGAGAACAGAAAGUACAUCAAAAUCGUCAUUCAACUGUUCAUAUUAUAAUCGUUAAGCACACAUUAAACUAAGUAUCCUUACAUGCAUAUAACAUAUUCAUGAAGAGGUUCCUCAUUAGAGGGGCUUUCUCAGGUAUGGCCGUGGGCUGCGACAACACGUAGAGGCCGGUUAUUUAAGUGAUCGCAGUUACUCGUAUUUUGAAGCCACUAACCGGUAGUCAAAAUCCUUUCGUUUUUGUGAAAUCACAACGCCGAUAUAGUUAUUAUUAAAGAUGUCAAUAAUACGGAGCGGAAUACAUCGUCGUCAAGUAACACAUUUAUAUCGUACUCGAGAUCGCGGUUGACAUGCAACUUAUGGCCGUGCCAAAUGUGUAAAAACUGCAAAAACAUAACAGGCUCAAUUUCAAUACUGCGAUGAUAAUAUAUUAUUAUGUUACUCUAUGAUGCAUUGCGAAAAUGCCUAAAAUGGAGUUAAAUAAGCCACACUUUAUGGUCUGUAGAUAAUCUAUUAUAUAUUUAUUAUUUUACACAGUUAAUACGGGCAAUAAUGUUUAUGAUUUUCUAGUCCAAUUUGUCAAUCAUUUAUUAGGUUUAUAAUGCUGUACCUGAGAGGCAGAAGAAUCCAACUCCAUUAUUGUAACUUUUCAGGAGAGCCAAAAACCGUUUUUCAACUAUUUUUAUUUUACUUAAAUGGCUGGUGUAAAUUAAAUUUAAUGAUUAUACCUAUUAGGUUUGUUUUAAAUUAUAGGCUAUAUUAUUCUCAAUAAGAUAAAUAUUUUUUCUUUAAUUUAUAACUUACCUAUAAUUGUUUAUUUUGAUGAUUUAAAUUAAAUAUUUUGGACUUAGACC